AUGGAUUAUUAUGGUGUCAGUGAUUAUGAUGGGAACUGUAAUCUCUUAUCUGAACUGAGGAUAAUUCUGUUAGGAAAGAGUCACUCAGAGACCAGCAGUGUGGGGAACUUCAUUCUGGGUAGAGCUGCAUUUGAGACUGAAGUUCCUCCACAUUCAGUAGAUCAGCACAGUGAGAAUGCCAGAGGAUGGGUGGAGGAAAGACACAUCACCAUCAUCAAUGCUUCUCAUCUAUACAAUUUAGAACUCACUCAGACAACUGAUGGACUAAAAGAGUGUGUUUCACUUACUGCUCCUGGUCCUCAUGCUUUCUUACUCGUGGUGCAACCUCAGAGUUUUACAGAGGAAGACAUGAAUCAACUGAAACACUUAUUGAACUGUUUCAGUGACCGAGCACUAAACUAUUCUAUAUUGAUCAGUACUGGCUGGGAGACUGAAGAGGAAAAAUCUGCAAGUUUUAUCAAGUUUCUGGAUGAAUGUGAUGGGAGGUUUUACCAAUUUAAACACCUAGAUAAACUUGACAAGACUUUUGUUUGUCGGUUGUUUAAGGAUAUUGACAAAUUGCUGAAAGUAAAUGGAAGUCACCUCACAUGUGAGAUUUUUGAGGAUGCAGAGGAAACUUUGCAACAUUAUGACAAACAUAGAAAAGAUGAAGAGAGGAAAAGUGCAGGUUGUCCUGAAGAAAAAAGUUACAAGAACCCGUUUAACAUAGUAGGGAGUGUUAGAAAAGGGACACCAUGCGCUCUCACCACAUGCUGCAAAAUCACCUGUGCCGUACUCAUGGCAGACGGGAGUCCGGGCAGGGGAACAAAAAUACAGGACUUGGUGAACCUGUCCACAAUUACCAGCACAACUGUGAAUCUCCUGUACCCGUCUCACAUGGCCUACGUGUUCGUCGAGGGUCCGGCUAAAAAUCAGAAUGUCGUCUACAUAGACAUAGACAAGGGCCUCUUGCAGGGCCUCGUUAAUGAACCACUGAAAGACAUCAAGUUUGGUGAAAACGGCCGCCCGCUGAAGGGCUUCAAAGGCCGUGUCCAUGAGAGGCAGCAGAUACUGGUCCUUGAUGAUGAUGGCAUUAAGACCGUGAUAAUCAAUGCAAGAGCAUGGAUGGGCUCCUUGCUCCCGAGCUCACUGUCUGAGCCGGGUAUCUAUGCGAGGGGAACAAAAAUACAGGACUUGGUGAACCUGUCCACAAUUACCAGCACAACUGUGAAUCUCCUGUACCCGUCUCACAUGGCCUACGUGUUCGUCGAGGGUCCGGCUAAAAAUCAGAAUGUCGUCUACAUAGACAUAGACAAGGGCCUCUUGCAGGGCCUCGUUAAUGAACCACUGAAAGACAUCAAGUUUGGUGAAAACGGCCGCCCGCUGAAGGGCUUCAAAGGCCGUGUCCAUGAGAGGCAGCAGAUACUGGUCCUUGAUGAUGAUGGCAUUAAGACCGUGAUAAUCAAUGCAAGAGCGGCUUUACUCGUGAGAAGGGAGAUGAUAAAGGCCACUUUAGAGCCCUCAGUAAAAAAUCACCAGGGCUGCUGCUCAAAAACCAGAGAGCACUGCAGGAAAAAGUUUCGACAAGGUUUGGCAUCCCCCGCAAAAUGUUUGGGGGAUGGAAUGGGAAGCUCACCCACUGAGGACGCCCCGGGGCGAGCAGGAGACUGGACUGAGUUAUCAAUGCCGGUAUUAGAUGCACUAACUGUUCCUGACUGCCACAACAUCACACCCAUACCCUCCCCCCACCAGGAUCCUGCUUCUUCUACUGUUCACACCUGUCCAGCUGUUAACUCCUCACCUUCUCAAAUGCAAACCCACACUCACCUCCACCAGGAUAUCAGCAGAGACACCACAGCCUCUUCAAUACCCUCUUCACACAUUCUAUUCACCAGCGCUUCAGACCAAGUCAUCAGCAACCCUCCUCCUUUUCACCGGUACAUCACUGCGUAUCAGGUUAAGGGGCAGCUAAAAAGACUUCACACAAGGAAAGUGGCAGACCCGGACAAAGUGUGUUCUAAAAUGCUCAAGUCCUGUGCUGCUGAACUGGGUGAACCUUUACAGUACAUCUUCAACCUAAGCCUGCGACUGGGGGGGGGGGGUCCCAACACUGUGGAAGACGUCAUGCCUCAUUCCUAUGCCAAAAUCUGGGAAUCUCAACCCCAGGUUAAGCAUGCUGUAGACCCACUACAGUUUGCCUAUCAGGAGAAGGUGGGUGUAGAAGAUGCCAUCCUCUACUUUCUUCACCGGGCUUACUCCCACCUGGACAAGGGGAACUGCACUGUGAGAAUUGAUUUCUCCAGUGCCUUCAACACCAUCCAGCCCCUACUACUAAGAGAUAAACUGACCAGGAUGCAAGUGGACCCAUACCUGGUAACAUGGAUCAUGGACUACCUAACUGGCCGACCACAGUAUGUCAGACUAAGGGAUUGUACUUCAGAGACUGGAGCACCACAGGGAACUGUGCUUUCCCCUUUCCUGUUCACACUACACACAUCAGACUUUAAUUACAACUCAGAGACUUGCCACAUGCAAAAGUUUUCUGACGACAGUGUGAUUAUUGGGUGUGUACGGGAUGGACAGGAGGAGGAGUAUAGGGACCUGGUUGAUGACUUUGUUGCUUGGUGUCGGUUGAACCAUCUACAAUUAAAUUCAUCGACAAUCAAAGAGAUGGUGGUGGACUUUCAUAGAUCUGGGCAUCCCUUGCAGCCGGUCUCUAUUGAGGAGUCUAAUGUGGAGUUAGUGAGGACCUGCAAGUACCUUGGGCUGCAGCUGGACGAUAAAUUGGACUGGUCUGAGAGCACGGACAAUAUGUACAAAAAGACACAAAGACAGCUUUAUUUCCUGAGAAGGCUGGGGUCCUUCAGCAAAUGUAGGACACUCCUGCAGAUGUUUUAUCAAUCUGUGGUGGCUAGCACUCUCUUUUAUAGUGUGGUGUGCUGGGGAGGCAGCAUUAAGAAGAGGGAUGCAACACGGCUGGAUAAACUGCCUGUUUAUGAUGUUCCCCUGUUGGAAUGCCUCCAAGUUUACACCCCCACAGAGGGAACCCUAAAACCUUUCGGCAUGGACGUGUUACUCCGCAGGGGACUUUUAAGACUGAUCGGAGCUCUAAAAUUGCCAAGACCUCCCACUACUCUCCCUUGGCCGCUCCUCCACACCACGCGAGAACUCCACCUCAUCAGCCACGACAUGGGUCUCAUCCGCAUCCAUAGUCCUAUCGGGAAUCUGACGGGGUCUCAAAACCCUGCUACUCCCCCCGGGACUAGGCUCAGCCUCCUGGCCCCACCUUACCUCUUGCCCCAGAGAUGUGAUCACGUAAGUCAGCGGAUUGUUGUCCGUUCGGACUUCGAACGGCACUCCAUAAAGAUAAUCGUGGAGCUUGUCUACCACCGCCCACUUCAGUGCCAGAAAUUCCAGCUUAUGAGCGGGGAAGAAAAGAUGAAGCUUGGAGUAGAAGAAUCUGAAUCAAAAUGUCAAGUGAAGAUAAAAACAAUUACUAGACUUCAUCUUUUGGAAAAGCAGAAAGUAAAAAUGAAAACUUCAGAUGUUAUUCAACUAACUUCUCUUUCAUUACAUUGUCAAGAACCUUGUGAAGAAAAAGAUCUGGUUCAAACCUUUCUACAAAGGUUGUUACUGAUGGAUUACAGAGCAAGAUACAUCACCACCAAAGAAGAAGCCACUGCUUUAGACCCUCCUUCUGCAGAUACAGAUGAAGAAGUUGAUGCAUUUUCUGAGCUUGUUUGCCAAAAAGCUUCAUCUUUUGAUGAUGAGAGUGUAUACAAUCCUAUCCAUCCCAUGGAUCUUCAGAUGGCGGUGUUCCACUGCUCAGACAGUUUCCUGAAGCAACUAGUAGUGACUAAACUCUCUCAGUGUCAGUACGCUCUGCCUCUAAUGAUGAGAAAUCUAUUUACUGGAAAGAUUGAGUUUCCUCUGUGGACAUUUCGCCAAAUUAUUAAAAGUUGCAAAACCACUGACACUUCUGGUACCAUAAUCAGUAAAACCCAGCAUGUUUAUGAAGCAGAAACUCCAAUGGUGGUGUUCUUCAGGUUAGGGGACGUGUCCUUUUCCAAGUCUCAGCUGAUAAACAGCUUGAUCAAUGAGAAGCAUCAGACAUUCUUCCACAGACACUGUCCAGGCAGCAUUAAAAAACGUCUACUGAUGGAUGGAGUUGUGGAGAUUGCUUGGUACUGUCCAUCUGGAAAGGAAACUGAUCAUUUUACUGACUGUGUUGCCUUCUGUAAUCUACAUGGUGAUGCAGAAACCAGUAAAGAACAACUGGAUAUUCUGACUGAAAUGUCGUCUGUAAAUGUUGUUCUUUUAUCUGAUCCUAACAAUGAAAUAAAUAAGGAGAUGCUACAGAAGUUUCUAAAAGACCCCAAACCACUCAUCUGUCUCCUUUCUGAGGAUAGUUCAGGUGUCAGUAGGAUUAAGAAUGGAAAAUACAGAAAUGGUCUAAAGGACAGAAAUCUGUCAGACAUAUCUAAAAACCUCAAAACAACCAUCACAGAGUGUCUGUCCAAGUCAUCUUCUGUUUUUAAACUUGAGGAUUUAUACAAAAACAAUGAGAUCAGCACAGAUGAAGAUGAUCCUGAAUGCAGGAAAGGAAAAGAAGCUGCACUAGAGAUAAUAAAACAGCUGGAGGGGAAGGAAAUAUCCACAUUAAAGGAAACACACCUGCCAUGUCAAGGGAAGCUCUGGCAUGAGUGGUGUCAGAUAAACAAAGACUCACAUCGACUUCAAGGAAACAAUUUAGAAAUGCAAAAGAGUGAAAAACAAACACAAAUGAAACAAAUCCGUGAACAGCAACAAAAAAAUGGACAAUCAGGAUUUUUAAAAGAAUUUAUUUCCUCACUGAAUUCUCUAUCAGGAAAUGAAAAAUUAUUCUUUAUUAAAUGGCUCGAGAUUCUACUGGACAAACAAACCUCAGAUGAUCUUUCAAAUCUUCAUCACAAGUACAAUGAAACAUGGACAAGGGUUUUAGACCUUAAAAAUAAACAUGACACAUCAGAAAGAGAAAAGUUGAAGGCUGAGCAAACAGAACUUGAAGAAAUAUCUGUAAAACUGAAUGCAGCAACAUUUGGUCUGGAACACAUCUUCAGAGAGAUGGGUCAGAUAUAUGAGUCGGGGAAGAAAACAUCUGGAGAAAGAAGUAUGUCAAAUCUCCCCAAACUUGCUGCAGAACUCAUAAAAUUUGGUCUUCCAAUGGAGUUGAUGGAUGGUGAUGCUGCUCAUGUUCCUCUGAUUUGGGUUUCAGCAGUUCUAGAUGAACUCAUAAAGAAACUGGGAGAUCAGAGAGUCUUUGUGCUGUCAGUUCUAGGGAUUCAGAGCACAGGAAAAUCCACCAUGCUGAAUGCCAUGUUUGGACUCCAGUUUGCUGUCAGUGCUGGAAGGUGCACCAGAGGAGCUUUCAUGCAGCUGGUCAGAGUAUCAGAGGAGAUGAAGGAGCAGCUGAAGUUUGACUACAUUCUUAUUGUAGAUACUGAAGGUCUAAGAGCACUUGAGCUUACAGGAAAAUUCACUUACCAUCAUGAUAAUGAACUUGCAACAUUUGUUGUAGGUCUUGGAAAUCUGACUUUGAUCAACAUAUUUGGUGAGAACCCUGCUGAGAUGCAGGAGAUUCUUCAGAUUGUUGUUCAGGCCUUCCUGAGAAUGAAGAAGGUCAAACUAAAUCCCAGAUGUAUGUUUGUCCAUCAGAAUGUUGGUGACAUCACUGCUGGAGAGAAGAACAUGGAGGGUAGGAGACAUCUACAGGAAAAACUGGAUGAAAUGACAAAAUUAGCUGCUAAAGAAGAAGACAGUGAAGCUGAGUGCUUCAGUGAUGUUAUUGCUUUCAAUGUACAAGAUGAUGUUCAGUAUUUUGCACAGCUCUGGGAGGGCAGCCCACCAAUGGCUCCACCAAACCCCUCAUACAGUGAAAAUGUUCAGAAGCUAAAAAGAGCUAUUUUCACAAAUGCUACCAAGUCUCAUAGUAUGGAACUCUCAGAGUUUAAAUCACAUAUCAGUGAUCUGUGGAAGGCUCUACUGAACGAGAACUUUGUUUUCAGUUUUAGAAACACACUGGAGAUUGCAGUCUACAGGAAACUAGAAACUGAGUUUGGAAAAUGGACCUGGUCCCUCAGAAGUGCCAUGUUAGAAUAUGAAGAAAAACUGCACAACACAAUUAAAAACAAAAAACUACAAAAGAUUGAGGACAAAGAUAUUUAUGAUCACAUGAAGAAGACCAAAGAAGAAGUGGAGAAAUCAAUGAAGUGUUACUUUGAAGAGGACAAGGACAAAGACAUUUUAAUUCAGUGGAAAGUGAGAUGUGAACAGAGAAUUAAACAACUUCUUGAAGAUCUUGUCAAAAAAGCAAAAACAAACCUGAAUGAUUUUCUUCAACAGCAAAAAGCUCGAGAAACUUAUGAUCACAAAAAGACAGAGUAUGAUGAAAAGCUCUUCAAUAUGAGUAAAGCACUUGCUCUACAACUAAAAAGCACAGAAACUGAUGAACGAGUCCUCAGACAGGAAUUUAAUAAAGUGUGGAACAAAUGGGUCUCUGAUCUAACACAAGACACACCUGUAGAGAAACCUUUAGAUGUUUGGGAGGAUGUGAUACAGAUUCUAUCUGAAGGUAAUGAACAAGCUGCUGUGUAUGAGCGAAUAUCUCAGGAAGAUUACACAAAGAUACACAGCCUGGGAGAUUAUUCAUGUUACAUUUUGAAGACAAUGAAAAUGAUUCCUUUUGAAGUCCAGGAGUCAGUGAGGAACCUAUUCAACAAUGUCAACCAAGAAUCUGAGGACUUGAUCAAGAAGAUCUGCAGCAAAAUUACAGGACUGGGAUACAAAAAAAGCUACAUUCAGGAAAUAUCUGACCAGGUCAAACACAGAGUUGAGAAAUAUCACAGUGAGAACAAGACAAUAAAGCUGAAGAAGGAAUUCACUCUGGAUCUCUGUCUUCAUGUGUGUUAUCAUGCAAAACCCAAAAUCACCAAGAUCCAACAACAGUUUAUAGAUCAAAAUGAUGUAAGAAAGUAUCUGGAAAAGCAGAAACCACAAUAUUACAGCAUCUUCCAAAACUACUGCAGAGGAGCAACAACCACAACAGUAUUUGGUGAACUUAUCUACAACAAUCUUGUACCAGCCAUCCUGCAAGCAGCCCACAAUAAAACUGCUAUUGAUCUGUCAACACAGAUGAGAUCAGACAUGCCAGAAUUUAAUGGUAACAGGUCACAGCUUGAGAAACACAUCCUGAAAUCUCUAGCAGAGCAGGAGAACUUUGAGAAGUACAUGGAGUACAUCCACCAUCCCAAGAAACACUUUAAACAGUUUAUUACAGAAAACGUUGAUAAAUACAUCACUGAAAAUAACAGAGAGGUUCUGAAUCUUCUCAAAGGAAAUCUGAAACACAAAGAGCAGAAAGUGAUGAACGCUGUGAACAUCACAACUGAAGAAGUGAAGAAGAGCAGUGGUGAUGCAAACAUGUGGCUGAGAAGUUUGAAGAAUUCACUAACAGAUGAGCUGAGCUUAAAAGAAAUAACCUGCACUGGUCUGGAGGAAAUUACAGAUUUAGAUUUACUUCAGCAGGUUGUGUGUGAUGGUCUCACAAAGAUGAUGUCAAAACAACAUAAAAGCUUCAACAUUGUAACAGACAUCAACAUGGAGAAGUUCAGGAAGAAACCAGAUGAGAUUCUGAUUGAACAUCUCUGUCAGUGCUGCUGGGCUCAGUGUCCAUUCUGUAAAGCCAUCUGCACCAACACAAUGGAGGAUCAUGAUGGAGAUCACAGUGUCCCCUUCCACAGAGUAGAUGGAAUCAUAGGAUGGCACAAAAGAUACACAACAAAUCUCUGUGCUAAUAUUUGUACAACUUUAGUACAAAGUAAUAAACGCUUCUACCCCCGUCAUGAUACAGAUGUGUCAGUACCCUACAAAAUCUACAGAACAGCAGGAGGAGAAUAUGCCAAGUGGAGCAUCACCCCUGAUAAUUCACAGCUCACAUACUGGAAGUGGUUUGUGUGCAGCUUCCAAACAGACCUGGAAAAGUAUUAUGGUAAAUCAUUCCAGGGACACAGAAAGAUUCCCUCUGGAUGGAGAAAAUACACAAAAACACAAGCUAUAGAGAGUUUGGAUGAAUAUAUCUGAAGAAUUGUACACACACACACACACACACACUACACACACAAACUCUACAUACACAGACACACAUGAUAUACUGUAAGUAC